AUGCUUCAACUCAAUUGGCCCCAUAUCCACCCACACCCUUCUCAAGAUGCCUUUGAUCACGCAGCCAGUCUCGAAGCCGACUUCGAUGCUCUGGACGCAUGUGUGAAGCUCAGCGUAUCCAAGCAUCACAGACUCCCCACAUCGUUGCAGACAGAUAUUUUUACAGGAAUUCUCAAAGCCUUGUCGGACCCGGAGUACCCCUACGAAGAUUCUGAAGCGGACAGAACCCUCAUUGGAGCUCUCAUACUCAAGCACAUCACUGUCGAAGCUGCCGAGCGAGCGAGAGAUAGGAUACCUCUACGGCAAUAUCACGACAUCCGCAAGUCUUUCCAAGAGUUCGUUACAAAGCUCUACGCUGGGGGUAGUCAAGCCCAUCCCAAGACGACGACUGGAAGGGACGAGCGUGGAGCGAACAAUGUUACGGAGCCCAGCCCAGAACUCGAGCCAACACUCGUAACCCGAGACUCCUGUAGUCGGCAAAGCGAAGCAGUACGGCCAGUGGCGCUGAUCAAUGGGGAUGAUACACGCGAAGGAGCUGGGCAAGUAGACCAAUCUUGCGAAAAGGGGCGGGAUGAUACACGCGAAGGAGCUGGGCAAGCACACUUAUCUCACGUAAAGGGGCGGGAUGCUACACCGGCAGCCACUGCCAUCGACCGACCCAAGAAGAAAGAGAGGAAAAGGAAGAAUCGUGAUGGGCUUAGGCAGACAAAAGAAGGGGACAAGGCAAGCGUCGCGGGUGGUGGUGGCAUCUUGGAUAUCAUGGGCAAUCAACCCGGAGUCGAAGAGCUGCGAGUCCACGCGGACUGGAUAGACAGCGGAGUGGAGACAGACGAUGGCGAGGAUCUCUUGAGGGAUGUUCAAGAACAUCGAAGCUCAAUGCGAACACAUUCGUCUGCAGCUGCAAGAUUUUGA